AUGACAGCCAUUUCCACCCACGACCAGCACGUCUCUUCUACUGCCACAGCGGCGAGGCAAGAGCGCGACAUCGCACCUGCGACAUGCUCUAAAGUUGUAGAGCACGAAGACAGACCACCUGCACCAGCUCUGACGUCUCGGCAUCCGUCCCAAUCUCCUGCAUAUGAAGCCGAAGCCACAGGCGAGGGCCCAAACGAGGCAAUUCUUAUUUCCACUGAUUCGGAAUCGGAGUCCAUGUCGGAGUCGGAUGGCGAAACGGACGACGACGUUCCGUCUCUCAAGACAAUGAAUGGACGUAUCGAUAAGGAGACUACAACACAGCCUAAUACUUCGUCAGGUGAGUUAGCCUCUAAGCCUUGA